UUCUGAGUUUUUCUAUUUUUGAAAUUUUCGAAGAGGGCGGAGAGGAGAGGAGAGGAGAGGAGAGGAGAGGAGAAGAGAGGAGCGGAGAAGUCAGAAGAAGUGGAGUCCCGUUGGAUAUACACUCCAGUCUCCAGUGUUUCAAUUUUUCAUUUUUGUUCUCUUCAUUCCCUUAUAAAUUGGUAAAAAUUUCUUUCGCCCCCUUUUAGAAAUUUCUUUGAUUGAGAUAAGGGGUGCGAAGGGAAAAGGAGGUCGAGGAGAGUGAAUGGCGACAGAGUCGUCGGAGGGAGAGGAGGAAGGGAAGCUGAUAGGAGGGAACCAGCAGCUGGUGGUGGACGAUGACCUCCGCGAGAUGGCUAAGAAGGCCGCUUGGAGCGUCAGCUCCUGCAAGCCCGGCAAUGGCGUCCAAUGCCUCCGUGACGACAACCUCGAUACCUACUGGCAAUCAGAUGGUGCGCAGCCUCAUUUAGUAAAUAUUCAGUUUCAGAAAAAAGUAAAGCUGCAACUAGUUGUCCUCUACGUGGAUUUCAAGCUUGAUGAGAGCUACACCCCCAGCAAAAUCUCUAUUCGGGCUGGUAAUGGCUUCCAUAACUUGAAGGAGAUAAAAACUGUGGAACUCGUAAAGCCAAUUGGUUGGGUAUAUGUAUCCCUAUCUGGAGCUGAUCCUCGAGAAGCAUUUAUCAACACUUUCAUGCUGCAAAUUGCUGUGUUGUCCAAUCACCUUAAUGGGAGGGAUACCCAUGUGCGCCAGAUCAAAAUUUAUGGGCCCCGUCCGAACCCUAUUCCUCACCAACCAUUUCAAUUCACUUCAAGGGAGUUCAUUACAUAUUCAUGCGUGAGAUGAGAACUAUGGGAUCAUAUGCUUACUGAGAUUAACUGGUACAGGAACAAGUGGCCAAAAGUUGAAAACAAUCAGUCCAGAUUACCUGAGAAUUGAGAGAUGAUUCUUCUACUUGUAUUAGAGAUCCAUAUUUACUUAUCCUGUUUUUCACUUGGUUUCACGUAGCUUGACCUAUUUUAUAGCUGUAAGAAUGGUCUAUUUCGUCUAAAAAUUCUCAUGAAGCCAGUUCUUUACAAUUGGCCAUACAUUUAAGAGAACAAUGUCAAUGUUUGGAGAAAAAAGCAUGAGUAGUGUUGUUGCUCUGUA